AUGGAUAGCCCGUUGUCCCUCGAGGUUGUUCAGUGUCGUCAGUUCGAUCCGGUCAGUGGGCCAUUCAGCAUGAACGAGCGCAAGGAUGAGGCGCAGUCGAUUUACACGAUCGCCAGCCACACGAACCUGGUGCCUAUAAGAUCCAGACACGCCUAUUUGAAGAAGAGAAGACUCGUGCCGAAUUUGGUGAUCAUUUUCCUGAUCUUCUUGAUGGUCUCCUUGUUGAUAGCGACGCUGGUGUUUGGUAUACUGUACAUGACCACCAAACACGUGAAGUUUUGCGAAACUGAAAGCUGCGUUCGUAUAGCCGCUAGUUUGAAAGAAUCUAUGGACACGUCUGUAGAUCCUUGCGACGAUUUUUAUAAAUAUGCUUGUGGCAAAUGGUCAGAGGAGCAUCCCAUGCCUGACAACAGCCUAACGAAUUCCUGGUUCGAAGAGCGCAGGGAACGAGUGUUCAGGAAGAUCAGGGAACUCCUAAGGGACAACUCUACCAGCAGCAAUGCUCCAUGGGCGGUGAAGCAGGCUAAAAUAUUGUACGACAGCUGCAUGGACGUGCAGGCCGAGGACGACCUCGGACUGACGCCGCUGUUCGAGAUACUGGAAGAGCUCAAUUUGCCACCGAUACCUCCGGCAUUUACCAAGAAAACGGGCAGUUACAUCGAACAGAUGGCCAGAGUGAAGAAAGUUCUAGGAAGGGACAUCUUCUUCGGCUUUGCCAUUGUACCCGAUCCUCGAAACAACACCAACAACGUCAUGAUGUUGGACACACCAGUCACCAGCAGCCCAUUGCCAAGCGACAAGGAACUGGAGAAACGACUGCACUCGGUCAGAUCGCAUUUUCGGAAGCUGGAGGACGAGACGGAAGACGAGGGUUCGGAUGACCUGAAGGAAGUAGAAAUGGCAUACAUGACUGAUAUCAUCAAGCAGAUCGUCAACAACGGAACUCUCGAUUCCUGCACCUUGAAGGACGAUUUGUCGUUCUCCGACGAGAAGGAGUUGGAGGAAGUCGUUGACACACUCUACGAGUAUACCAGCACCUUCUACUACCUGUCUCGUCUGGAGGGUAACGACAGCAUGUGGGAGGAAGACUCUGCGGACAUUCUCCGCAUGACGGUGGACGAUCUUCAAAAGCUGACGGAUGAAUACGUGAUGGAAGUCAACUCGACGCUGACGCCUAAACCACUCUGGCGACCGUUCAUCGAGAUGCUCUACAAGGACGUCGAGUCUCUGGAUUUGAAUGGGAAGGAUAAAAUAUUGAUAGGCGAUUUAGAGUACUUGAAAACCAUUUCUCUCGUGUUGGCUACCUGCGAGGAUGAAGAUUUAGAAACCUACAUUUGGUGGGUCGUUGUGGACAUCGUUGUUCCCCAUACGUCCGAGAGUCUGAAAAAAAUCUGGCGGGAGUACAUCAACGAAGUGACAAACGUCGAGGUCGGCGAAUCCAAGUCUCUGCUCUGCGCAUCCGCUGUGAACGAGUUGAUGGGAAUGGCGGUCUCGUGGCUAUUCGUGGACCCGUCCUUCCACGAAGACAAGGGCAAAAAAGUGUUCGAGAUGUUAAACGACAUAAAAGAAGCCUUCGCCUCGCUGGUUUUGCGCACCGACUGGAUGGACAAGCAGACAAAAACGGCGACGUUGGAGAAAAAUAGGAAGAUGGAGUCGCAGAUCGGAUUUCCCAAGUGGCUGUUCGAUGAAGAGAUCCUCAACGACUAUUACGAAGGCAUAAAGCUCUCCGAGACCGAGUACCUGAAUAAUAUGCUCCAAAUUGUUCGCCUAAUGUCUAUUUCCGAACUGGAAUGCAUUCACGAGAUGAAUUUCAACAACGUGUCGUACUGGGCGACCGAUCCAACGGACGUGAAUGCGUUUCACACCUAUCAGUACAAUCACAUAACUAUACCUGCUGGAAUUCUUCAAUUUCCAUUUUACGAGUUGGGCCUCGAGGCACUGAAUUAUGGCGCUAUCGGUACAGUGCUCGGCCACGAAUUAACACACGGGUUCGAUAACAGCGGCAGACACUUCGACAGCAACGGAAACGUUAGGCAGUGGUGGACAAAUGAGACUAUUUCCGAGUACACUGAAAAGACAGAGUGUUUCAUAAGACACUAUAACAGCUAUUACGAAGUCGAGGUAGACGAUUACAUCGACGGAGAACGAACAUUGGGCGAGAAUAUAGCCGAUAAUGGAGGCCUCAGGGAGGCUGUCGUCGCUUAUGACAAGUGGAAGGCUAGACACGGCAAGGAGCCUCUACUUCCGGGAUUCACUAAUCUCACUCACGAGCAGCUCGUUUUCCUCAGUUUCGCGCACUUGUGGUGCGAGUCGUACACACCGGUAUCUCUGAAAUGGAUAAUGCAAGACUCCCAUUGCCCUGGGCAUGUAAGGCUCCACGGAGUGUUGAAGAACUCCAAUGAAUUCAGCGAGGCUUGGAAAUGUCCCGUGGGAUCGAACAUGAAUCCUGCAAAGAAGUGUCGACUAUGGUAGCAACGACAUACUUGAAUAGGAAGUGCGUUUCGUCGCAAUCGAACUUUAUUCCUUGAACGCGUUGUUGAUUCUCGCAACUUAAUCGUUAAUAUAAGACGUGUGAGUUCCUGUGAUUUCCGCGAGUGUUUUCAAGUCUUCGUUAUUAAAAUGUUGCGUUGGUCAGUAUAUCGUUGAACGCUGACGGGAUUGUGACAAGGCGGUCCAAUGUUUGUAAUAAAAGAACUUUAUUUACUUACAAAA